CAGCGCGAUCCUGCGGGGCCCUGUGAGCUCCCAGCGCCGCGGCACCAUGUUGCUGGUUGAGAAGACUACAGACUCCCCGGCGGCAGAGUUCUCGCUGGUGGAGGACGUGGCCCUGCACUUCGCCUGCUUGAUGGGCCGUCUCAACGAACAACGCCUCUUCCAGCCAGACCUGUGCGAUGUGGACCUAGUGCUGGUGCCUCAGCAUAGCGUGUUCCCCGCACACAAGGGUGUGCUGGCCGCCUACAGCCAGUUCUUCCACUCGCUCUUCACACAGAACAAGCAGCUGCAGCGGGUCGAGCUGUCUCUGGAGGCGCUGGCGCCCAGCGGCCUGCAGCAGAUCCUCAACUUCAUCUACACGUCCAAGCUGCUGGUGAACGCAGCCAACGUGCACGAGGUGCUUAGUGCGGCCUCGCUGCUGCAGAUGGCUGACAUUGCGGCCUCUUGCCAGGAGCUGCUGGACGCUCGAUCCCUGGCGCCCUCGGGCCCUGUGGCCCUGGCGCAGCCAGCUGCCAGCUGUGCUCCGGGGCCGCCACCACCCUACUACUGUGACAUCAAGCAGGAGGCAGACACCCCAGGACUCCCGAAGAUCUAUGCCCGAGAGGGCCCUGACCCCUACUCUGUGCGUGUGGAGGAUGGAGGAGGCACAGCUGGGGAUGUAGGCUCUGCUGCUGCUGGGCCAGCACAGACACUCUUCAAGGAGGAGAAGGAAGGGGCGCCUGAAGAGGCAGAGGCCCCGGGUAGCCUGUGCAAACUGGAAAGUGGAGAGGGGCUGGAGCCAGAACUGGACGCCUCGGGCACCUAUGGACACCAGGAGCAGUCACAGAUCAUUGUUGAGGUGAAUCUCAAUAACCAAACACUACAUGUGUCUACCGGACCAGAGGGUAAGCCAGGCUCAGGGGCCAAUCCAGCCACUGUGGUGCUGGGCCAGGAGGAUGGCAUGCAGGGACACUCAGAGGAAGAGGAAGAGGAAGGAGGAGGGAGUGGAGGGAGAGAGGAAGAGGAGGAAGAAGAGGAAGAAGAGGGAGGUAGCCAGGGAGAGGAGGAAGAAGAGGAAGAAGGGCCCAGCGAUCGGGAGGAUGAGGAUGAAGAAGACGGGCCCAGUGAGCAGGAUGCAGAGAGUUCUGAGGAGGAGAGGGUGGCUGAGGGCAGGCAGGACCCUGCGGGUCCCACUGUGUGUCAGGGCAGCGAGGCAGACCCUCCACCUCACAACCGAAUGUCCACACGGUCCCGGGGACAGAACACCCGGCGCCGAGCCACCCCUGAGCCGGAGGAGGCUGGACGUAGAGGUGGGAAGAGGCCCAAGGCUUCUGGAGCUGUUCCGGCAUCCCAGGCAGCUGAUGGGCUGGGGGCCAAAGUGAAACUGGAGGAAAAACAGCAGCAUCCAUGCCAGAAGUGCCCUCGGGUCUUCAACAACCGCUGGUACCUAGAGAAGCAUAUGAACGUCACCCACAGCCGCAUGCAGAUCUGUGGCCAGUGUGGCAAGCGCUUCCUGCUGGAGAGCGAGCUGCAGCUGCACAGACAGACGGACUGUGAGCGCAACAUCCAGUGCAUGACGUGUGGCAAAGCCUUUAAGAAGCUGUGGUCUCUUCACGAGCACAACAAGAUAGUGCAUGGCUACGCAGAGAAGAAGUUCUCCUGCGAGAUCUGCGAGAAGAAGUUUCACACCAUGGCGCACGUCCGCAAGCACAUGGUUGCCCACACCAAGGACAUGCCCUUUACCUGCGAGACCUGUGGGAAGUCCUUCAAGCGCAGUAUGUCACUGAAGGUCCACUCGCUGCAGCACUCGGGGGAGAAGCCUUUCCGCUGUGAGAACUGCAACGAACGCUUCCAGUACAAGUACCAGCUGCGCUCCCACAUGAGCAUUCACAUCGGGCACAAGCAGUUCAUGUGCCAGUGGUGCGGCAAGGACUUCAACAUGAAGCAGUACUUCGACGAGCACAUGAAGACACACACAGGGGAGAAGCCUUACAUCUGUGAGAUCUGUGGCAAGAGUUUCACCAGCCGCCCCAAUAUGAAGAGGCAUCGACGCACUCACACGGGAGAGAAGCCGUACCCGUGUGACGUGUGUGGCCAGCGCUUCCGCUUCUCCAACAUGCUGAAGGCACACAAAGAAAAGUGCUUCCGCGUCAGCCACCCGCUGCCCGGUGACCCUGCCACCCUGCCCGCCACACACCUGCAGCCCACGGCCCCGCUCUUCCCUACAGCGCCUCCCAGGCUGGACACUAACUGACCCCCAGCACGGGCCCUCCUGGCCAGGGCCAACAGACACAGACUAGGGGCUGGGCUGCAGCUGGAUGCCCUUGGCCCUGGGUCCUGGUGCAGCUUCUUGGAGAUUUUACUCCUUGUCUUUGGGAGUAAAGGAACAGAGAGGGACUGGUUGGCUGUACCCCUCCAGGUGAGGGGUGCUGGAGGCAACAGAUACAGGGAAGGAGGAGUUCUGGGCUACAGGCGUGACCGAGAGCCAGGCAGGGCCUGGGUCAGUUUCACCUGCCCAUCCCUGGCUUCCCUGCGCUCCUAACUGACUCCUUAGGACGGAGGGUUUGAGGAGGACUGGAGUGUGCCACAUUGAAGGAGUUCUGGAGCCCAGGAGGCCUGGAGCCAGGGAGCAUGGCUGGAUACCAUGUGUGGCUGGGCAGGGGGAUGUCAGCCCUCUGCCGGGGCAGGGUGGGGCAGGUGGGGGCUGGCCCCCAUGGCUUUCCUUUCUUACAUCCCUACCAGGCAGGUUCAGGAAUCCCCAGCCUGCACUGGACAUUUAAAGAGCCCCAAAUCCAGGAGAGAAUGUCUCUGGGUGCUGGAGACCAAGCCUCCAGAGGGGAGAGAACCUGAUUCACCAGCCCCAGCUUCUAGGGCUCUUACAGGAGAAUGAGAUCCAGGGAGGGGCCCCACAGGAGCCUCAGACAAGUAGUUCAGGGUUUCAUGGUGCUAUCUGUGGGGCAGGGGACAGGGAGAUGUCCAUAGGGCACCCCUGUCCCUUACCAGCCUACAUGGCUGACUGCCCCACCAGGAGACACAUGUAUCUAUGUCUGCUCCCCAGAAGCCCACAUGAGGUGUCCCCUUCUCUCGGGGCCAGGCCACUAUGGCCCCUUGCUGGCCCCUGGUCCCUCUUGCACUGUACAGUCUGGGGUGCCACAGCACAGCCAGGGAGAGAAGCUGGUGUGUUUAGGCCUCUGUGGGAGCAGGGAACUCAGCCAGUGCUCAGUGUUUGCCCUUGGGGGGCAGGCAGUAACAGGUCACCCCUCUCUGUUGUCACUUAAUGUCCUUAUUCCUGCGUUUGAUGGGAGGAAGGUUCCAUAAGCUACGUUUCCUAGUUUUGAUCCCCCACUGUUUAUAAGCUUCUAUUUGUUACACUCUGCACCUUACCCCCUCCCGCUACUCCCUGCCACUCCCAGCAUGGCCACACUGGGAAGGGGCCUGUGCCCAAGGGGCUGUCAGAGGGUGCUGAACCCCUUGACUGCCUCAGAGGCCCAUGGAGCUGGGACAGCGGGCUGGGGACAUUUUAAUCAUCAAUAAACGAAGCACUUUAUUCUGUA